CCAUCCUCUUUCACAAGUUACUGUCCCGCUAAUGUUAAGUAGGCUAAUGACACCAACUCACCGUAAAAUACUAGAACUUUACUAAUUAAUUUUAGGUGACUACUGCACUUUACAUUCACUGAAUCUCUGCACCCUUCAAAACAUGGUAACCUGACUGGGUUCUCCAUCCAGUACAGUAGGAGGCAGCAGCGGAGCAGCUACCAGCAGCCUCCUUGAAGCAGCUGGCUAAUUGUACAAGGUGCGGCAGAGAAAAACAGAGACGGGACACCAUCGCUAGCUAGGAGCUAGUGCGGUUGACGUUUAUUUUUUUUAGUCCCCGUUUUUUUCAGCUAAAGUCAACAUUGGAUGUAGACAUUUUCAAAACUUCGAUGUUUAAUUAGCUUAGUAGAUUGUCCAAAGUGUCAGCGAGCAGCUAAACAGAAGCAGGGUCACAUCAGCAUCUUUACCCUACAGCCGGAAAACAAACGAAGCUAACAUUAGGUAGCUAAUGCUAGGAUAGCUAGCGGGCUAGCUUUCACAAGUGUGUUAACGCCAAGACCUACAUUUGACUGAGUCGGUUUAAUUAACGCCAACGUUGCAAUGGCUGAUGUUGACAAGCUCAACAUAGACAGUAUCAUCCAACGUCUUUUAGAAGUCAGAGGAGCGAAGCCUGGUAAGAAUGUACAGCUGCAGGAGAAUGAGAUCCGUGGAUUAUGCCUCAAGUCCAGGGAGAUCUUUCUCAGUCAACCCAUUCUUCUGGAGCUGGAGGCCCCUCUCAAGAUUUGUGGUGACAUCCAUGGGCAAUACUAUGACCUGCUGAGGCUGUUUGAGUAUGGGGGCUUCCCUCCGGAGAGCAACUACUUGUUUCUGGGAGACUAUGUAGACAGGGGGAAGCAGUCUCUGGAAACCAUCUGUCUUCUGCUGGCCUACAAAAUCAAAUACCCUGAGAACUUCUUCCUGCUCAGGGGAAACCAUGAGUGUGCUUCAAUCAACAGAAUAUAUGGUUUCUAUGAUGAGUGUAAAAGAAGGUACAACAUCAAACUCUGGAAGACCUUCACAGACUGUUUUAACUGCCUCCCUAUUGCCGCCAUUGUUGAUGAGAAGAUCUUUUGCUGCCACGGAGGACUGUCACCUGACCUUCAGUCCAUGGAGCAGAUCAGACGCAUUAUGCGCCCCACUGAUGUCCCUGACCAGGGUCUGCUGUGCGAUUUGCUCUGGUCUGAUCCAGACAAGGAUGUUUUGGGCUGGGGGGAGAACGACAGAGGUGUAUCGUUUACCUUUGGUUCGGAGGUGGUGGCCAAGUUCCUGCAUAAGCAUGAUCUGGAUCUGAUCUGUCGUGCCCAUCAGGUUGUUGAGGAUGGCUAUGAAUUUUUCGCGAAGAGGCAGCUCGUCACUUUGUUCUCAGCGCCUAACUAUUGCGGGGAGUUUGAUAAUGCUGGUGCCAUGAUGAGCGUGGAUGAGACCCUCAUGUGCUCUUUUCAGAUUUUGAAACCAGCUGAGAAGAAGAAGCCCAACGGCAGCCGUCCUGUGACUCCACCUCGCAACAUGGUCACCAAGCAAGCCAAGAAAUGAGGGGCCGGGUGGGGGACAAAUGGCCGGAGUCUCACUCCUCUCUUCUGCUUUCGUCUUCUGCAUUUGAAGGAUUGGUUAUCCUUCAUGCUGCCAAUACUGAAAAGAUAUCCACUCCUACCCGAUGAAAGCAAAAUAUUUUGUUGUUUUGUCCACAGGGGUAAAUUGAUAUGUCACCAUGAAAACCUCAGGUGUUUUGCACUCCAUUUUGCAGCUAGUCUUUGCCACAUAUGACUGUUCAAUCAGGAAAAAUGUAACAAUACGGCUACUUAUGCACAGGAAUGCCUUGUUUGAAUCUGUGCACAAUUUUUCCAGUUUGUUUUAUGUCUUCAUUUGUCAUCUUGUUCUCACUGUCAAUAAUGGGUAUUAAUGGCUAUAAAACCUAUGGGGAAAGUCACAAACACCUGUUUACUUCUGUAAAACCUUAUUUACAGUUAAUUUACAGUCAUUGUCAUAGAACAUUGACUCUACACUGCACCAUCACAUUUUUAAACAAGUCUUGUGCUAAAUUAAAUGAAUAAGAAAGCACUCUUGUAAUGUCUAAAUCUUUCUAAUAAACUUUGAGUGUAUUUUAGG